CUUUCUCUUCGACUCUUCCCUGUCGUUUCUCUGCAACUUUCUUCCGGCCUUCUCUUCCCUCGCUCUGUCGUUACGCUCACGCCGGCCUUCCGAGUCACGAACGACUCAGUGAGCGGGGGAGCCUCCCAUCCCAUGCACUUAUAAAGCUCUCUCUCUCUCUCUCUCUCUCUCCCCCCAUCGGAAGAAGGCUCCGUGAACAUCGAAUAGCCAAACAACCAUUAAUCCCCUAGGAACGAAUUUGAUUCGGGAAACAUGGAGGACAAGUCCAAGCCCAAUUCGCACUCCAACGGCCCCGACAUGGCUCGGCCGCCGGGGGCCGUCCCCGGCCCGACUAACCCGAUGGUGACGCCUCUCCUCACGGAUCACUACCAGUUCACCAUGUCCUACGCCUACUGGAAGGCCGGCAAGCACCAGGAGCGAGCCGUGUUUGACCUCUACUUCCGGAAGAACCCCUUUGGUGGUGAAUAUACAGUUUUCGCCGGUUUAGAAGAAUGUAUUAGAUUCAUUGCCAACUUCAAAUUUACAGAGGAUGAGAUCUCUUUCAUUAGGGACACUUUGCCUCCCUCAUGUGAGGAUGGCUUCUUCGAAUACCUUAGAGGAAUAGACUGUUCUGAUGUUGAACUAUAUGCUAUUUCAGAAGGAUCUGUAGUUUUUCCAAAGGUUCCUCUGCUGAGAGUUGAAGGACCAGUAGCUGUGGUGCAAUUGCUUGAAACUCCAUUUGUCAAUCUUGUAAAUUAUGCAUCUUUAGUAACUACAAAUGCUGCAAGGCAUCGGUUUGUUGCUGGCAAAUCUAAACUUCUACUAGAGUUUGGGCUUCGUCGUGCACAGGGACCUGAUGGUGGCAUAGGAGCAUCCAAAUAUUGCUACAUGGGUGGAUUUGAUGCAACCAGUAAUGUUGCUGCUGGAAAGUUAUUUGGGAUACCACUUCGCGGAACACAUUCACAUGCCUUUGUCAGUUCUUUUACGAGUCCCGAUGAAAUUUUGGAUAAAUUAUUGCGCAGUGCAGAUGGUUCAACUACAUGUGAGGAUUUUGUUGGUCUUGUCCAGUCAUGGUUGAAUAAAAUUCAGUGGUCAAAGUUGUUAAAUGGCACUUUUGGUGAGACAAAUCAAAGUGAGCUGGCAGCUUUCACAUCUUACGCCUUGGCAUUCCCUAAUAAUUUUCUAGCACUUGUGGACACAUAUGAUGUUAUAAGAAGUGGGAUUCCCAACUUUUGUGCUGUUGCUUUGGCUCUCAAUGAAUUAGGAUAUAAAGCAUCAGGCAUCAGACUGGACUCUGGUGAUCUAGCAUAUCUGUCCUGUGAGGCCCGGAAAUUCUUCUGCAACAUCGAGAAGGAAUUUGGAGUGGCUGGCUUUGGGAAGAUGACUAUUACUGCUAGUAACGAUCUCAAUGAGGAAACUUUAGAUGCUUUGAACAAGCAGGGGCAUGAGGUUAAUGCAUUUGGAAUCGGGACAUAUCUGGUUACUUGUUAUGCUCAAGCCGCCUUGGGUGUUGUCUUCAAGCUUGUUGAGAUAAAUAACCAGCCUCGCAUCAAACUUUCAGAAGAUGUUUCAAAGGUAUCUAUUCCUUGUAAAAAGCGAAGUUACAGAUUGUACGGGAAAGAGGGUUAUCCUCUUGUGGACAUAAUGACGGGGGAAAAUGAACCACCUCCAAAGUUGGGCGAGCGAAUUCUCUGUCGUCACCCUUUCAAUGAAUCAAAGAGAGCAUAUGUCGUGCCCCAGCAAGUUGAAGAGCUGCUCAAGUGUUAUUGGCCUGGGAACUCAGGUGAAAAAAGAGAGGAGUUACCUUCCCUUAAAGACAUCAGAAACCGCUGUAUCAAGCAGCUCGAGCAAAUGCGCCCUGACCACAUGAGGAAGCUCAAUCCGACACCUUACAAGGUGAGUGUGAGCGCCAACCUGUACGACUUUAUUCAUUUCCUGUGGCUCAACGAGGCACCUGUAGGGGAGUUGCAGUGAAGGUGUACUAUAACGACAUACAUUCUCGGUGGAAGUCUGGAGCACCCAGCAAAAGAGAGAAGAAUUUGCAGAAUUUGUUUCAUCAAGUUGGAGGAGCUGCUUCUGGUUGUAUUAGAAGGGUCGGCACUCAGUAAAGCACGUAAUGUUGCGGUUCCGGUGUAAUACUAUCCUACAUUUAGAUUCUUGAACAGCUAAUCUUAUAAUCUUGUCCUUGGUCAAUAAAAUUUCUGUCGUGCCUCUGUUUUUUUUUUUUCCCCUUAUUUUGGUUCCUCUUGACCAUUCUGUGAUAACUGAUAACAUUAGUCAUAGGAAUCAUAAUUGAAACUAAAUAAGAAUCCAUGCGCUGUG